UCCAGUCCGACACACUCGCCGUUCUUUCGAAGCAAUCGCCAUCGCAAUCGCAAUCAAUCGUUCAAACACGCCAACAUGAAGGUUUUCGUCUGCUUGCUGGCGGUGUGCAGUAUGGCCCAUGCGGGAUUCCUGGGCGGCGGCGGCGGCGGAGGCAGUGCCCUCAGCUCCGGCUGGGCAUCCGGCGGAGGUGGAGGAGGUUAUAGCGGUGGCCACGGUGGUGGUGGCUAUAGCGGUGGCUACAGCGGCGGCCACGGAGGAGCUGGUGGCUACGGCGGCGGCGGUGGCUACGGCGGUGGUGGCUAUGGCGGCGGUGGCCACGGAAGCGGCGGCACGGUUAAGAUCAUCAAGGUGAUCACCGAUUCCGGCGCUGGCGGUGGCUACGGCGGCGGCCAUGGCGGCGGCGGCUACGGCGGUGGCUAUGGAGGUGGCUACGGAGGUGGCUACGGAGGCGGCUCCUCCGGCGGUUACAGUGGCGGCCACGGCGGCGGCUGGUCGUCGGGCGGUGGAUACAGCGGCGGCGGCGGCGGUGGAUACGGCGGUGGUGGUUACGGAAGCGGUGGCCCCGUCAAGAUCAUCAAGGUCAUCUCCGACUCCGGAUCGAGCGGCGGCUAUGGCGGCGGUUACUCCUCCGGCGGUGGCCAUGGCGGUGGCUACUCCUCCGGCGGCGCCUCCAGCUACUCCUCCGGCGGUUGGGCUCCGCAGGGCGGCUGGGCCCAGAGCAGCUGGUAAAUGCUCGCCGUUGGUCACUGACUGG